AUGUCCCUACGAAAGAGACCUCGUAGCCCCUCUCUUUCCACCACUUUGGCUCCGACAUUGAGCACGCCGCUGGCACACACGGUGGCAUCGCCAUCCCAGUCUUCCAAAGUAUCGAAGAAACUGAAGCUCCACAGUUCUUUUGUUGAUACCUCUCCAUUCCAAACGUUCGCACACCCAACACCUGCUGAAGCACGCGAAGUUCACGAGCUUCUCCUAACAGCCCACCGUCCACACGAGCCGAUCCGUAGGCGUCCUCUAAAUUCCAACAACUCAGCAGGUACUUGCGGAAAUGUACCAAACGUGAUCGAGGCCCUCAUUGGUACUAUCCUUUCACAAAACACGUCCGGACAGAAUUGUCAUCGUGCCAAAACAAGUCUUGACGCUGUUUUUGGGAGAAACAAUUUUGUAGCUAUCGCUCAAGCUCCGAGGGAACGUUUGGUCGACGCUAUACGAUCCGGGGGCCUUGCGAAUAAAAAAGCUGCCACCAUUCAGAAUCUUUUACACUCUAUCCGGGGCAAGCAUGGCGAGUACUCGUUGCAGCAUCUCGCUGCCGCGGAAAGCAGCGGUCGGCGGAUGUCCGACGAUGAAAUUAUGAAAGAACUCAUCUCCUAUGACGGGGUGGGUCCAAAGACCGCUUCGUGCGUUCUGUUGUUCUGCCUCGGACGGAACUCUUUCGCUGUGGAUACCCAUGUGUUCCGAUUGAGCAAGCUCCUUGGGUGGGUCCCUCAAAAGUCAGAUCGUGUACUUGCACAGGCACACCUCGACAUUCGCGUCCCAGACGAGCUCAAAUACGAUUUGCAUGUGUUGAUGAUACAGCAUGGACGAUUAUGCAAAGGUUGUAAGAAGACGGGAUCGGGUCAGGCUUGUAUUCUCAAAACAUAUUUGAAAGGGAAAGAAGUAGACGCAGACUCGACACAUGAGGAUUGA